CGGUUCGCAGCCCCAAAUCCAGAGAUGAGCUAGCCUGAUCCCAGCCUAGCGCAAUUGGAACCCAAAAUUUGGUCCAGGUGCGGACCGACACGGGAAGUUGUUCAACAUCGGCCGGAGCGUGACCUGGAGGGACGAGGAGGGACCGCCGGGCCAAGCUGCGAGACUUGAAGAAAGUUGUUGCGCCGACUUGCACCUCGAGACCGACCACGCCGGUGCACCUCCACCACCACCACCACACCCAACCACCAUGCCUCCCAGGCUACCUGGCCCUCAAGGGCUUCGCAGCCUCACACUAUGUCUCCGCCCCGCCGUCGCCUCUCCGGCGCAGGCCCUGCAACCUCUCAUCCAAACCGCCAACAUCUCCCAGAAAGAAAAGAAGCGUAAAAUGAAGCAGGACCCUUACGGCUGGGCCCAGGCGCAACAGCGCAAGGCCGUCAACGUCAAGCGCCAGGCGGAGCUCCAGGCCGAACGCGACGCCGCAUGGGGCGACCCGGUCAAGGGCAUCACGACCCCCUUCGUCGAGUCCUUCGACAGCGCCGGCCAGGCCCCCGUCUCGGCGCCCAAGGCCGGUCCCGACGGCCAGGUGGUUGAGGAACCCAAGCCCCUCCCGACCUCGCCGCACCUACGGAACUACCUGCUCAACAAGGACGAGUUCGACAGCGCCAUCCAGUACGCCGAACACAUCUUGAAGCCCAUCAAGGCCGAGGACCGGUCGACGGCCGACCCGGAGAAGGAGGACGAGGAGGCUCGCGAGCACGCCGCCAGACACGCCAAGGCCGUCGCCGCCCUCGAGCGUAUCGCGAAGCUUGAGCAUGGUGGUGCCAAGGACCGCAAACACGCCAACAUUCGCCGCUGCAUCGAGACCUUUGGUCGCCACAACACAGAUCACACCGUCGAGAGGCCGACGCCGCCGCUGGCGCGCGGAGUGGAGCCAAAGCCCCAGCCGGUGCGGGCAGGCCCGGACACGGGCAGCAGUGAGGUGCAGAUCGCCAUCCUGACGUCCAAGAUCAGGGCGCUCACCAAGGCGCUCGAGGGCCACGGCGGCAACAGAGACAAGAACAACAAGCGCAGUUUGCGGAGGCUGUGCCACAAGCGCCAGAGGCUGCUGAGCUACAUGGAGCGCAAGGAGAGAGGCAGUGGAAGGUGGCAUCACAUGCUCGAGACUCUGGGUCUGACGCCCGCCACCUGGAAGGGUCAGAUCACCCUCUAAUACAUUCAACGCACCCGGUCGGUUGUCGUGUGUGUUUGUGUGUGAGUGAGUGGAAGAAGAUGUGAUUCCCAGUUGUAGCAGGAAAGCGUGUGUAACAAAACAAAGAGGCCUUCUCUAUGUACAAUACAACAAUAAACAAUAACCGGAGAAAACCAGGGGCGCACGCGGGGGCAGGGCAAUGCUGAUGAUGAUACCCCCCUUUGUGUUCCUCAAGAGUCCAGA